AUGACAACAUUCACUACAACUUCAACUUCACCUAAUAGUACUCCUAAUAAUAUUACUAAUACUACUACUAAUAAUACUAAUACUACUACUGAUACUACUACUAUAGAUAAUAAAUCUACUGUUACAACUACUACUACAGCGUCAACGCCUAUAUCUUCUUCUAGUUCUACUGCUACUACUAUUCAUAGUUCACUUCAAGACAAUAAUAACAACCCCAACGAGAAAUUAUCUCCAUCAGGACAACAACAACAACAGAUCCCAACUACAUAUAGUCGAUUUAAUAUGGAAGCAAUAAUAUAUAUCGUCGGAUGGUAUUUCUUUUCUUUAUCAAUAUCAAUUUAUAAUAAAUGGAUGUUUGGUCUGGGAUUAGAUUUUAAAUUCCCAAUUCUAAUUACAUCAUUUCAUCAAUUAUGUUUAUGUUUAUUAAGUAGUUUCGUACUAUAUUUCAAUCCUAAAUUACGACCAAGAAGAAAUACCCAAUCACAUUUACAUAAUAAUAAUGAACAACAACAUCAACAUACUUCAGAAUUAGUUCGAUAUUAUCACUCCCUUAAAAUUGAAAUUAUGGUUUAUAUAAAACAAAUCAUUCCAUGUUCAAUUGCAAGCGCGGGUGAUAUUGGACUUUCAAAUGUUGCAAUAUCAUUAAUUUCCUUAAGUUUAUAUACAAUGCUCAAAACAAGUUCAUUAAUGUUUGUUUUGAUGUUUGGUUUAUUAUUCAAAUUAGAAAAAUUCAAUUGGAGAUUAAUCGUAAUUGUGAUUAUUAUGACUGGAUCAGUUAUCAUGAUGACUAAAAAACCGGCCACGGGGAAUAUAGCGGAUUAUUCAAGUAUGGGAAUUAUAAUGGUCCUUGCUGCAUCCUUGCUUUCAGGAUUACGGUGGUCAUUCACUCAAAUCUUACUUAAACGAAAUCCAUACACACCUAAUUCAAUCUCAACCAUAUUUUACGUAGCUCCAUUCAUGUGUUUUGUGUUAUUUAUUCUUGGAUUGAUUGUCGAAGGUUGGACAGAAUUCAUAAAUCAUGAAAUAUGGAUCGAAAAAGGGUUCUGGACAACUAUUGGAUUGUUAAUCGUGCCUGGGGUAUUAGCAUUCAUGAUGACUUUAUGUGAAUUUAAAUUAUUAACCGUGGCACAAGUUAUCACCCUUUCGAUAGCGGGAAUAUUUAAAGAAUUAUUAACGAUUUGUUUAAGUUCAGUGAUAUUUGGUGAUAGAUUAAGUUUGAUUAAUAUAUUGGGAUUAAUAUUGACAUUUUUUGAUAUCUUAUGGUAUAACUAUUAUCGAUAUCAUGAAAAUGAAUUUAAAUAUCAAUCUUUAAAAGAGGAAGAUUUAGAAUUAAGAAAGAUUCAAACUAAUUAG